CCUCUUUCCUUUCCUUGUUUCUCUUUUCUUCCUUCUCUUAAUAUAUACGUCUUUUCCCCGCUUCUUCGCGCGUUGUUUCCUUUCCCUCUAUCCCUUUUUGGUUGGCCUCUGCGCCGCUCGCUCUUCGUCCCCGUUUUCCCCAACCCCCCCCCACCCCCCGGUCUCGCACAAACACAAACACAAACACAUACACUCCGAAUAACUAGAGCAGGUUAAUGGAUUCCUCUUCAACCAUGGCCUUGAGAUCUUCUUCUUCUUCCUUUUCUUCUGCUUCGGCCUUUUCCGUAUCUCAUUGUCCAAACCCUAAACCUGGUUACGUCUCUGUACCUUUCAAUUUCAACCUCCGCAAUCCCCAAUCUUCAUUCAUGUUCUUCAAGUCUCUCAAAUGCAUUCAAUCUUCAACCCCCGACUCCAACCCCAUGAAGUCCAUUCAUCCCAAAAACGCUAGCUCCCCUUUUGCCUGCUCCGCUGUCACCUUCUCUCCCUCGCAGACCGCUGAUCUCGUCUCCUCCAAACUCCACCGCCUCGUCUCCGAAUUCCAGUCCAUCUCUGAGCCCGUCGACCGCGUCAAGCGUUUACUCCACUACGCGACGCUCCUCCCUCCGUUGGACGAAUCCGCUCGGAACGACUCCAACCGGGUCAUGGGCUGCACGGCGCAGGUUUGGCUCCAGGCCCAGUUGGACCAAUACGGUAAGAUGAGAUUUGCGGCGGAUAGCGAUUCCGAGAUUACGAGGGGUUUCUGCUCCUGUCUGGUUUGGGUUCUCGAUGGUGCGGCCCCUGAGGAGGUGCUGAAGGUCAAGACCGAGGAUUUGGCUUAUUUGAAUGUUGGAGUGCCUGCAAGAGAGAGGUCCAGAGUGAAUACUUGGCACAAUGUGCUCGUUAGUAUGCAGAAGAGGACAAAGGCGUUGGUGGCAGAACGCGAAGGGAAGAAGCCACCUUUCGAGCCGUUCCCAUCGCUGGUGGUGACGGCGGACGGGAUAGAAGCGAAGGGAAGCUAUGCUGAGGCUCAGGCAAAGUAUUUGCUGCCCGAUGAGUUCAAGGUUAAAGAACUUGUCGACGUUCUAAAGGCAAAGAAUAUUGGUGUUGUCGCACAUUUUUACAUGGAUCCUGAGGUCCAAGGCAUCUUGACUGCUGCUCAGAAACAGUGGCCACACAUUUAUAUUUCUGAUUCAUUGGUAAUGGCAGAUGCCGCUUUGAAGAUGGCAAAAGCUGGAUGCAAAUUCAUAACAGUUUUGGGUGUAGAUUUUAUGUCAGAAAAUGUGCGUGCAAUCCUUGAUCAGGCUGGCUUUGUAGAUGUUGGCGUAUUCAGGAUGUCAAAUGAACGCAUUGGUUGCUCUUUGGCAGAUGCGGCAGCUUCCCCUUCUUAUAUGAAUUAUCUUGAGGCAGCUUCUAUGUCUCCUCCUUCUUUGCAUGUCAUCUACAUCAAUACUUCACUAGAUACAAAAGCAUAUGCUCAUGAGCUUGUACCAACCAUUACCUGUACUUCUUCAAAUGUCGUGCAAACCAUUCUGCAGGCUUUUGCUCAAGUGCCAGAUUUAAACAUAUGGUAUGGGCCCGAUUCCUAUAUGGGUGCAAAUAUUAAAGAGUUGUUCCAACAGAUGAGUAAGAUGACUGAUGAAGAAAUCACUGAAAUACAUCCAGGACAUAGUAGAGAGACUAUUAGAUCAUUACUACCUCAACUGCACUAUUAUCAGGAUGGAACAUGCAUUGUGCAUCACCUUUUUGGACAUGAAGUCGUCGAGAAGAUAAAUGAAAUGUACUGUGAUGCAUUCCUGACUGCUCAUCUUGAAGUCCCCGGAGAAAUGUUUUCUUUGGCUAUGGAAGCAAAGAGAAGAGGAAUGGGAGUUGUUGGUUCCACCCAAAACAUUCUAGAUUUUAUAAAUCAGAGAGUUCAAGAGGCUUUAGAUAGAAAUGUUGACGACCAUCUCCAAUUUGUAUUGGGAACAGAAUCUGGAAUGGUGACUGCAAUUGUUGCUGCAGUUCGUGAUUUGUUAGGUUCUCGAAUUUCCCCUUCUGGAUUAGCAAAAAUCAAGGUUGAAAUAGUGUUUCCAGUCUCGUCAGACUCAAUGACAAGAACAUCAUCACAAUCAUCAGUUAAACUGGGUGAUGUUAUCCUGCCUGUUAUACCUGGAGUAGCUGGUGGGGAGGGAUGUUCCAUUCAUGGAGGCUGUGCCUCCUGUCCAUACAUGAAGAUGAAUUCUCUUAGCUCACUCCUAGAAGUUUGCUACCAACUGCCCGAUGAGAAAAAUGUUCUUAUAGCAUAUGAAGCUCAGAGAUUUAAAUUGAAAACCCCAAAUGGGAAAUCAGUUGCAGAUGUUGGGUGCGAACCAAUUUUGCACAUGAGACACUUCCAGGCUACGAAACAAUUGCCUGAGAAGCUUGUCUAUCAGAUACGUCAUGCUAAUGGCAACGGGAGUUCAAUGUCACUAAGCUGAGCAAAAGGUAGCUCUCCCAAUAAUAAUAAAAAAGUGCUGCUUUUUCACAAAUGGGUCUUUUCUCUUCAAGCAUUAGUCUUGACCGUCAGAUUUUUUGUUGUAUAAUUUUGGUGGCUACAAAGUAAUCAAAUUGUUCAAUUUCUAUGAUCACAGCUUAGAUCGGUAUUAGAUUUAUUGGGAGAAUAAAAUUGCAAUUUUAGUUCUCUUUA